CAAGCAGACAGUCAGUCACCCAUAGCAAUUCAACGAGUCCGUUACGCAUUAAUCAAAAGGCUUAUCAAUUUUUGUUAUUAACUUUUUUUGAAGUUUUGUAAUAGCUUAUUAAGUUCCAAUAGUGUGAAUUAUAGGACAGUGGUAGUGUUCAUAAGUAAUAUAUUUGAUCAAAAUGACGCUAAUGUGACACAAUACCAAACGUAAGAAGUCAUGCUUCCAAAAAAACGCAAGGGGCGCAAAUAAAUGUUGCUCAAAUAUUACUUGUGCUGGUGAAAUUUGUGAGACAGUAAAAUGCAAGAACAUAGGUUUUCCCUAACAGUUUUUGUCUUUAUCGCAGUCAUAAAUGUCGUUUUUGGAGAAUUACAAACAGCUGAGAAAAAUUUACAGUUCGAAGCAGCGUUUCAGGGUCGUUGUGGUAUUGAUAGUCCAUGUCAACAACUGUGCUACGAGUUACAUGAUGGCAUGUUCGAGUGUGACUGUAAAGUAGGAUUUUCAUUACACGAAGACGGAUAUACAUGUACAAGAAAUGAUUCGGCGACAGACAAAAUAAAAGAGUUUGAACAAGACAUUGGACUGACGUUUGUUGAUUCAAAUGAUAUCGAUUCAGAAGAUAGUGUACGGUUUGUUAAAAUAUCAAAACCAACGUCGACGACUGAUAAAGCACACAUAUGUUCUCUUCAAUGUGGUGAAGGUGUUUGCGUUUUUGACAAUCAUGGUAAAUCAACGUGUCGAUGUCCGUUUGGAAAAACUGGGUCUGACUGUCAAAUCACAAAUCAAAUAAGAUAUCCUCGGUUUAAUGGUCUUAGUUGGUUGGCGUUUCCUCCACUUCGCGGGGCAUACAAACACGCACAAAUUAGCCUAGAGUUUAGACCAGAAAGCUGGGACGGAAUAUUAUUUUUGGCAGGUGAAAGAGACGAUUUGGUAGGGGACUUUAUGGCUAUUUUGCUUCAUAAUGGAUUUUUAGAAUUCAGAUUUGACUGUGGAUCUGGAAUAGGAGUUGUGAAGUCCGAUGAAACGGUGAUUUUAAAUCAGUGGAAUACUUUAUCUGUGUACCGGCAUAGAUGGGAUGCGUGGAUUCAGUUAAACAGAGGAAAAAGAAUUGCUGGCAGAUCAAAAGGUCUUUUUUCGCGAAUCACAUUUCGCGAACCUGUUUUUAUUGGAGGCCCCGGGAAUACUUCUGGUUUAGUCGAACGUCUACCCACUGAUCGAGGAUUUGUUGGCUGCAUCAGGCUUUUGCAAACUAACGAUCAUAGGUAUGAUUUUGGAGAAGCUCCAGCUGGCGAUACUAUCAGUGCUAAAGAAAUUGAGGAAUGCUCGACAGAUAAGUGCACACGAUCUCCAUGUCAGCAUGGUGGAAAAUGUGUCACAUCAAACAAAACAUCGUUAUGUCUCUGUCCACUUGGUUAUACUGGAGAUUUGUGUGGAACUAAACUGGAUUUACAGGUUCCUGCUUUUAAUGGGUCAAGCUACUUAAGACAUCCGGCGUUGGGUGAUACAGCUUUAUCUUGGCUUGAUUUGGACAUAACAUUUAAGACACAAUCACCGAAUGGGCUAAUUUUAUACGAAGGGUAUCAAAAAUACGGAACAGCCGAUUUCAUUAGUGUUUACUUAAUUAAUGGUUAUUUAGAGUUCGCGUUCGAUUUAGGAACAGGAACUGCUAUUUUAAGGAGCCCACAUAUUAUAUCGUUGAACGAGUGGCAUAAAGUUUUGAUAUCACGAACAGGACGCUUAGCAACAAUGUUUGUAGAUAAUCAAUCACAUGUACAAGUUUUAUCCCCGGGAGCUUUUACUCAAUUAUCGUUACCUUUGAGCAUGUUUAUAGGUGGUACACCAGAUUUUGACGAAGUUUCAUCAAACGUUAAAAUGAGAAAUUCAUUUAGGGGUUGUAUUCAAAAAAUAGUAGUUAAUGACAAACCAUUGCGAAUAGUCCAAGGUGCUCUAUCAGGAGCAAACAUAGGAAAUUGUCCUCACCCUUGCGUGGCGAAACCUUGUGGCACUGAAGCUCAGUGCAUUCCUGUGUUCGACAAAUACAAAUGUGUAUGUAAUAAGCACUGUAAUUCAACCGAUAGCAGCCAAGUAUCUUUUGACGGAACAUCGUUUGUUCAUUACACUAAUCGAGAAAUACAAAAAAGAAUUACUGAUGGGCACUUAGAAAUUGACUUAAGAUUUCGAACAACCGCUCUUAGUGGACUUAUAUUGUGGACAGGACGAACGGAUAGGUCAGCUGAUUACUUGGCAUUAGGGUUACAAGAUGGAAGAAUUGAAGUAGCUUUUGAUUUAGGAAGUGGUGAAACGGUCCUUAAGUACAAUGCUUCUGGUUCGUCAAUAAACGAUGGACGUUGGCACAAAAUUAAAUUUACGAGACAUGAACGUUUGAGUGUUAUUGUAAUAGACAAUGGAACAAAAAUGUUCACUAUAUCAAAUGGAAAAUUAAAUCAAUUAAAUACAAACACAGGUUUAUACUUUGGAGGUACAGAAGACGUCGAAAAGUCAACUGGAAAAAGAUACAAAAAAGGAUUUAUCGGUUGUGUUUCUGACUUUGUAUUAAAUACUGACUACCAAGUAAAACUAUCUUGGUCUACUAACACAAAAAAUGUUUGCAUAUCAUAGAGAUAUAACGAAUACGGUUUUAUCAUUCUUCCAGCACUUGUGUGUGUAUCUUGAGCUUAACUUUGUGUAAAACUAUAUCAUUGAUAAAAGACAAAUAUUAUUUAACCUGAUAUAAAACUUGAAACUCGAAACAUUGAAUUUAUAAUUAAGAUUAUUAUAAAAUCAAUGCUCGAAUUAUUGUGUUUUUUCUAAUGUUUUCUCUAGUCCUAUUUAGUUUUAAAUAAAUGUACUAUCUGUUGUAGAAUAUUUUAUUGUUAUUAUGAUUAUGAUUUUUAAACAUAUUGAGGUAUAUGAAUGUUUGAAUUGUAUAAAAGUAUAAAAUAAGUAAUAAAAUUCCUACUAAAAUAUGUCUAUAACGGCUCUUCAAUUCAAAACUGUCCAAUUAAAAUUAUCUCAAGUAAAUUAUUCAAAGGCAAAUUGGAGUGCGAAAAAUGUUUAUUAUCAGUAGAUUUAUUUAAAUAGCUAAAACUUAUAUAGAAGAUAUCUAAUUCGAUAAACAUAAAAUACAAGUCUGAAUUUUACGUUUUUCGUAGCAAAUAUUUCUUGGAAACAUUUAUACUAAAAUUUCAAUUAUAAUUUAAUUUUUUUAUAAAAAAUAGUUCUAUUAAGAUAAUUAAUUAAUAACGUUUUGAAAUUGGACGAGUUAUAAUUAAAGAGUAAUUAAUUUAAUAUUUUAUACCUAAUUGUUCAAAAAACUACAUGUAAGGAGAUAUUUUUCUACACCUUUGUAUACAAAUUUGUACGCCGUUGUUUUCAUUAUUUUUCUAUUUUUAAUUUAAAAGCCAAUCGUGUGCAAUUUAAAUUAUUGUAUUUUGUAGCAAAUUUUUUUAAAAGAAGUGUUAACGUACAUAUCUUAAAGUUAGACAAACUGUAGACAAUAACGUUAUGAAAUUGACAUUUAACAAUUGUAUGUGUGUUAGACGGAGCAUAGCUUUCUGGCUCAAUAUCAAAAAAAUCAAAGCAUUUAUUUAAAUUAAACCUAUUAUCUAAACAUACACAAAUGUUCUCCCAAUAAGAAGUACUCAUUGAUACCGUUUACUAGUAAUUGAAUAAUAUAUAUUUAGCAAUAGCGAUCAUUGUUAACCACCUUAAAGAAUUAAAAUUAAUACAUUAUAAAUAAAUUAUUCAAAAUACUUCUUGUAAAUACUUUUAUUCUAUAUUACUCAUACAUUAAAUUAUAAAGAAUCAAUCA